AUGGCCAUUUCCACAGGAAUACCGAGUAAAGACCAUGUCACCAAUUUGAAAGCUCCAAAAUCCCGUAAAAAUCAAGAAAAUAUAACAAUCACCACGGAAGAUAACACAUCAACAAUUGAUAAAGAUGAUACAGAUAAAUUACAAGUUCAAAAGGACACUUUAGCACCUCCUUCAAAUGAUUUUGUUGGAAAUUUAAGAACAUCCACAACAUCACCUGCUUUGGGUAAUGAUUUUUUAACUGCACAUCAUAUAUUUGGUGAUUAUAUUAGGAAACAUGAAGUUCCGAGAAAAGUAUUUCAUAGUUCUAUUGGAUUUAUAACGUUAUAUUUGUAUACUAAAGGUGUUCAUAAAGAAGUUUUCCCUAUACCAUUCCAUAUUUCAUUUACAGUGAUUUUCACAUUAGAUCUAAUUAGAUUAAGAUGGAAAUAUUUCAACUAUUUAUAUUGUCAAGUUGUUGGAUUCUUAAUGAGAGAAAAGGAAAUCAAUAGUUAUAAUGGUGUUUUAUGGUAUAUUUUAGGGUUAGAUGUUGUUUUCAGUUUUUUCCCUAAAGAUAUUUGUCUUUUAAGUGUAUUAUUAUUAAGUUGGUCAGAUACUGCAGCUUCAACUUUUGGUAGAGCUUAUGGUAAAUAUACACCAAAAAUUGCUCGUGGGAAAUCUCUUGCAGGUUCAAUUGCUGCAUUUACAAUUGGUAUAAUAUCAAGUUAUUUAGUUUAUGGUUAUUUUAUACCUGAAUUCCCACAUUUAAAUCAAAUUGGUGAAAUAUUUUGGACCCCAGAAUCAAGCUAUUUAAAUUUACAUACAAUGAGUUUAUUAUCAGGAUUUGUUGCAGCUUUAAGUGAAGGUAUUGAUUUAUUUAAUUGGGAUGAUAAUUUUACAAUUCCUGCAUUAUCAAGUAUAUUUUUUUAUAUUGUUAUUACAAUUUUCCAUAAAUAA